AUGGUCGCUCCCUUCACCUUCCAGGCGCACAUCCCCCGCACCAUCUUCGGCUCUGGCACCCUCGCCAAGGUCCCCGAGGAGGUCAACCGCCUCGGCGCCAAGCGUGUCAUGAUUGUUACCGAGAACACCGACAGGCAGAUCGACCUCGCCAACAAGAUUAGCGCGAGCCUCGGCGACCUCGUUGCCGGUGUCUGCCUCGAUGCUGUCAUGCACACCCCCGAGGAGGUCACCCUCAAGGCCCUCGAGCAGGCCAAGAGUCUGAACGCCGACUGCUACAUCUCGCUCGGCGGUGGCUCGACUGUCGGUCUCGGCAAGGCCCUCACGAUCCGCACUGGUGUCCCCCACAUCACCAUCCCCACGACGUACGCCGGUUCCGAGGCAACGCCCAUUCUCGGCGAGACUGUCAACAACCUCAAGACGACCCGUUCGGACCCCAAGAUCCUCCCCACCACCAUCAUCUACGACGUCGACCUGACCCUGUCGCUGCCCGCCCAGCUGACGUUUACGUCGGGCAUCAACGCCAUUGCCCACUGUGUCGAGGCCCUGUACUCGCCCCAGAUCAACCCCAUCAUCGAGGGUGUCGCCCUCUCGGGCAUCAGCAACAUGUACAAGGCGCUGCUCACGCUCAAGGACAGCCCCAACGACAUUGACGCGCGCUCGCAGGCCCUGUCGGGCGCGUGGGCCGCGGGCGUGUGCCUCGGCCACGUCGGCAUGGCCAUCCACCACAAGCUGUGCCACACCCUCGGCGGCUCGUUUGGCCUCCCGCACGCGCAGGUCCACACCGUCGUCCUCCCGCACGCCAUGGCGUACAACUUUAACGCGGCGCACGCCGCCAUGGAGAAGAUCCGCGUCGCCAUCGGCUCGGACAUUGACGCGCCCCAGGCCUUCUGGCAGCUCGAGAAGACCCUCGGCACCGUCAUCUCCCUCAAGGAGCUCGGCAUGAAGGAGGAGGACCUGCCCAAGGCCGCCGACAUUGCCUCCACCGCCCAGUACCCCAACCCGGCGCCCCUGGAGCGCGAGAAGCUCCUCCUCCUCCUGGAGAACGCGUACGCUGGCCGCCCCCCUGUGAUUCAGUCGCGCAUGUAG